GCUAAAUUUAUUGUUUCUCCAGUGUUCAUGUAGGGUCAUGAGGGAAAACAACACAGAGGAACAGAGGAGUCCUACACACCGCGAGGAAAGAGAUGAAGAAAAUGAGAUAGACGACAAAAACAGUGAAAAAGAAGCACAAAGAAUGGAGGAUGAUGAAAUGCGAGAACAAAAGAAAGAAUAUAAUGAGGAUGUAAAAGAGAGUAAACAUUCUCCUAAAACAGAAAAUGAGAAUGCAAUUGUGGAUGGCUAUAAUAAUGAGGAUGAAGGAAAAUUGCCAGCAACGUCUCUGAAGAAAACCAAAUCUAAACUAAUGUCCACUUCAGGAUGUCAUGUUGUCCCUGGAAUAAUUUACCUAGGUCACAUUCCUCCAAGGUUCCGUCCUAAACACCUGAGGAAUGUGUUGUCAGCCUAUGGAGAAAUCGGACGCAUCUUCCUGCAGCCCGAGGACCAUCAGGUGAGAAAGAAGAAAAAGAAGUCAGGUCUAAGGAGGUGUGACUUUACCGAAGGCUGGGUAGAGUUCAGAGAUAAACGUGUGGCCAAGAGAGUGGUUGCAUCACUGCACAACACACCGAUGGCCACCAGGAAACGGCAAAGAUUUUGCUCAGACCUAUGGUGCAUGAAGUACUUGCAUAGGUUCCAGUGGACUCACCUGAGCGAACGUUUGGCAUAUGAACAGACAGUUUUACAACAGAGGCUAAGGACGGAAGUUUCUCAGGCUAAGAGAGAAACAAAUUUCUAUCUGAACAACGUGGAGAAGAGAGCUCAUCUGGAUCAGGUCAAGAAGAAGAAACUGAGAGAUGGAAAACAGGUAGAGGAAAAGACAUGGGACUUCACACAGAGACAGACAGAAGAGGAGACCCAGAUGAAGAAGAGGAGGAAGAUGGUAGCUAUGAACCAGAAGAACCAGGACAAGAUUUCCCUUGUGCAGCAGAAGAGCCAAUCAAAUGUCUCACUCCUGGCCAAGAUCUUCAACUCCAAAAAAUUAGAGUGAGAUGGGCUAACCACAGACGCUCUUUGAUGACCCCCCGCCCCCCCCAAAUAUUACAUGAUGGGAAAACAGUAAAUAAUUACACAAAUGGUGAAUUGAACAGAAAGAACUUAUUUUUUGGGUGCUAUUGCCAAUAAAGUCUAUGGUUUUACUUCGACAA